AGCGCCGCUAUAUCUCACUCUCAGGGAAAAAAAAAAUCCUCAGAGAAGCAAAACAAGUUGUUAAACCCUAAACCUACAAAAAAAAAAAACCUUUUUGUUUGUUGCUCAUCUUGAUUCUACGCCGCGUUAGGUCCCGUUUCUAAACAAUGAUAACUGCAGUGUCAUGGAUACCAAAAGGGAAUCUAAAAGCUGUUCCUGAUGUUGCUGAGCCUCCUUCAAAGGAAGAACUCAAAGAGCUUAUUGAGAGUGGAGCUUUUGCUAGAAGCGUGGACGGUAGUAACGAGGAUGAUGAAGAGAUUGAAGAGGAUGGAGAAGAGAUUAGUGAAGUUGAUCAUGCCAAGGCUGUAGCUGAAGCUUUUGGUAAAACUUCUAAAAGCAAGAGUGCUUCUUCUUCGAUGGAGGUUGAUGAGGUAUCUGAAGGAUUGAAAGAACUUGACAUGGAUAAUUAUGAUGAAGAAGAUGAUGGAAUUGAACUUUUCAGUUCUGGAAUUGGGGACCUUUAUUAUCCAAGUAAUGAGAUGGAUCCAUAUCUGAAGGAUGUUGAAGAUGAGGAUGAUGAAGAGGAUAUUGAUGACACGACAAUCAAGCCAACCGAUUCAGUGAUUAUCUGCGCUAGGAAUGAAGAUGAAGUCAGCCAUCUAGAGGUUUAUGUAUACGAGGAAUCAUCUGGCUCACCAAACAUGUAUGUUCAUCAUCACAUAAUUAUACCGGAGUUCCCAUUGUGUACUGCAUGGAUUGAUUGUCCUCUUAAAGGAGGGGAAAAGGGGAAUUUUGUAGCUAUUGGUUCAAAAGAAUCACCGACAAUCGAGAUAUGGGAUCUUGACGUUAGAGACGAGGUGCUACCUUGUAUACAAUUAGGAGGAAAAGAGGAGAUGUUAGUGACUAAGAAAAAGAAGAAUAAGAAAGAUAAGAGUAAGAAAGAGAAGAGUAAGAAACAGAAAUACAAAGAAGGUAGUCAUACUGAUUCAGUACUUGGUCUUGCUUGGAACAAGGAGUUUAGGAACAUACUUGCUAGUGCUAGUGCCGACAAAAAAGUUAAGGUCUGGGAUGUGGCUACUGGAGUAUGUAAGAUUACGAUGGAGCAUCACACAAAGGAGGUUCAAGCGGUUGCUUGGAACCAUUAUGCUCCUGAAGUGCUUCUCAGUGGGUCUUUUGAUCAAACUGUUGUCUUGAGAGACGGAAGACAACCUUCACACUCGGGUUUCAAAUGGUCUGUCAUGUCUGAUGUUGAAAGCUUAGCCUGGGAUCCUCAUAGUGAACACUCCUUUGUGGUAAGUCUUGAAGAUGGAACCGUGAAAGGUUUUGAUAUACGUACCGCACAGUCAGGUUCAGAUUCUAAUUUAAAACCAAGUUUCACUAUCCAAGCACAUGACCAAGACAAAGGAGUCUCCUCCAUCUCAUACAACAUUUCUGCACCCAAUCUUUUGGCUACGGCGUCUAUGGAUAAAUCGGUAAAGCUUUGGGAUCUUUCAAACAAUGAACCUUCGUGCCUUGCUUUACACAAACCAAAAGCUGGAGCUGUGUUUUCCAUUUCCUUUGCGGUGGACAACCCUUUCUUGCUUGCUAUUGGUGGCUCAAAGGGAGAGCUACAUGUUUGGGAUACACUAUUGGACGCUGAUGUCUCUCGCAAAUAUGGAAGCAAGCGAUCUUGAAAAGACCCGCAGGGAUCGCUUGUUUUUUUGAAGCCGUGAUGGUCGUUGGGUUCGACCACACUGAUGCCAAAUUUUGCAGUUUCUUUUCUUCUUUUUCUUUAGGUUUGUUUUUAUCUCCUAUGAUUAUGGUAAUCGUGUGAGGGUGAGUGUGACCUUAUACAAUGUUGAACUUCUAAGCCUUUUUUUCAACUCAUCAAGAAUCUCUAAGUUUAUAUAUACGUUCACAUUUAUGUAUUUCCAAUUGUUGUGCUUUAAAUAGAAAAACUGUCAUUUGUCAA